AUGGUAUCCUUCGCAAUAGUAUCAUCUGAACUGAUUCAAGAUAUAUCAUGGAAUGGAUAUUACAUAAAUGAAAAUUGUAACGCUGCUUUAGAAUCAAUACUUCAAAAUUUACUAAAUGAAGAUAAAUAUUUACGCACAUAUCGGAGAGGGAUUAGCUUUGGCCAGAAUAUUCAAAAGGAUCUUAUACCUCUUUUGAUUAAUACAAAAGAUGGUAAAACGGUGGAAUUAUUAAUCAAAAUACUUGGAAAUUUGACGAUACCUGUGGAAUGCUUGCUUUCCGUAGAUACAGUAACAGAGACUGAUAUAGGUAGACAUACUGUGUUUGAAAUCAAUAAUUUACUAUCUGCGACUAAGAUCGCAAUAUCUGAUCAUCGGGCAACAAAAGUUAUAAUUGACUUUAUGAAAAAAAAUGCGGAUUCCGAUCAAAAGCCUAAUCUAUCACCGGAACAAUGUACGAAUAUAAGCGACACUCUUUUAUUUUUGCGUAAUGUACUACAUAUACCAGAGGACAUGAAUCGCUCCAGUGCCACGUACGGCAGCCCGCCUCAUACUGUUCAUAAUCGGUUAUUAUGGAAUCUUUUCAGUCAAAGUAUUGAUAAAGUUCUUAUAAAAUUGAUGACUAUCCCAGAUGCGGCAUAUUGGGGGGUAACGAUGGUUCAAUUAAUUGCUCUUUUUUACAAAGACCAACACGUGGCCACGUUACAUAAACUCCUCAAUUUGUGGCUCGAGGCCUCUCUGUCUGAAAGUUCUGAAGACAAUGAAAGUAACACUUCACCUGCGAAUAGAGAUGGAAAUGAUUCGUCGCCCAUGCUGACAUCCGACGAGUCAUCGGACAUCGGGAGCGGCAAGUGUAACGAAGAACCUAACUCAGUUAAUAGUGAUUGGGAUAAUAGAAAUAACAGUGAUAGUGGAAACCAAACUUUCCUGUCACAAAGCAAAACUGAUAAAACGUCUGACGACUCGUGUGAAUCUACCAACAACAACGUUUUUGAUAGCUCCAAGAAAAACAACGGGAAAAAGGAUCGUAUAGACCUCGAUGGUCAAGGCGCAAAGAACUUAGGCGCAAAAAAUGACAAAAUAACGGUUUCGGAAAUAUCAGAUUAUGGUUACGGUACUCAAAUAGAAAUUCAAGAGGCAAUAUCGACUUCUAGUAACGAAGAUGAAAUGCCGACAAAAAAGCCAGUACAUCAAAAACCACACAACCCUAAACAGAGAUUGAACAGUAAGGUGCGCUCCUUUACAAGCUUGCAAGAACGGAAAAGGAAAAAAAUUGUCAAAAGAUGCAAAGCCAACAUAAUAAAUGUGCAAGGCUUAUCACACAAUUCACCCACAAACGAUGACAUAUCUAUCGUUUUAAAGGAAUUUACUGUUGAUUUUCUAUUGAAGGGAUACAACGCCUUAGUCCGCAAUCUACAUACGCAAAUCCUCACAAAUAUAGAAUUAGAAAUCGACACGUCACAUUUCUUUUGGCUCGUCACAUACUUUUUGAAGUUCGCUACUCAGAUAGAGUUGGAUUUGGAGCACGUUUGUUCAGUUCUAUCGUUCGAAAUGGUUUCCUAUCUGACAGCUGAAGGAGUCAAUUUAUGUGAGCAAUUCGAGCUCGCCAUCAAAUUAGAUGGAAAUGAUUUGAAACCUAAUAUAAGAAGAUUGCAUUUGGUUGUAACAGCCAUUAGAGAGUUUGUUCAAGCUAUUGAAUUAUAUAAAAAAUCAACGCACAUUUGCAACGGUGAUAAGGAAACUCUCCUUAAAUUACAAAUAAAGAUGUCCGGAGCUGAAGAAUUGCGCUCACUUUUAGUUUUACUUCUGAGAAACUAUAAUCCUAAGUAUCACUCUAAGCAAUAUUUACAGGACCUUAUCGUGACGAAUCACAUUCUUUUGACGUUUUUAGACAAUGUUAUGAGAUCACCUGAGUUUAAAGGCAGUAAUAUUAUGGUGGAACACAUCAAACAAUUCGCGUCGCCGGAAAUCAUGUACCAAUACGGGCUGCUGCUGGAGGACUACGAAAGCAACGGCGAGUUCGUGAACGACUGCAUCUUCACGCUGAUGCACCACGUGGGCGGCGAGCUCGCCUCCCUCAUACACCUCUUCCAACCGAACAUAUUGAAAAUAUUCACGUCCAUAUGGAAAUCCGAGUUUGAGAUAUGCGAUGAUUGGUCUGAUUUAAUCGAGUACGUAAUAAACACGUUUGUAAAGAAGCCCUACAAUCUGCAAUGCUCUGCGCAACUCCCGUUAGAUGUAAAAAUGUUCGAUGAGGAUAAAAGCCUUAAAGGGAUUCUGGAUCCUGCCGCGGGACCCGAACAAUUGCUUAUGGAAAAUAAGAAUUCUAUUAACUCUGUCAGCGGAAAUAGUGUUCAUAGAUGGACCGAAGAAGAAUUGUCAUUGCUAAAUUGGAAUUAUAUGCAAUGUAAUAGUUCAUCGGAUGUGAUCGGGGAUAUGGUGAAGAUGUUUAAGGAAGAUGACAUCGUUAAGAGUCGCGAGUCCGUCGUAAAGGAACUUUACAAUCAAUUUAUCAUUAACAAAGUAGAAUAUGAGAGGCUUCUGAAAAUACAAACUGUUAAGGACAAUACGAUACGGGAGAGUAAGGACAUUAGAGGGGAUGAAAUCGGAAAACUGUGCGAUGAACUGGGGCAAGAUGGGAAGGUUAAGUUCUUAAAUUGGGUGCAAACGGUUCUUUUAGAUACAUGUUUUGCAAAAAUAUAUUUGGAGAGGGUUGGUUCGGAUGUAUGUCGACACACCACUACGACGACGUAUGAAAAGCACACGAAGACGUUCGAAACAUUCCUACAGAAACCUGUCGAUAUGCCGGCCAUUUCGCCCGUGUCGUAUCAUUCUCUGCUUUUAAAACAAUCUGUGCCAUUGGUGCCAUGGAAUUGCCACCAAGCAUCUAUUUGUAAGGAUCUGAAAUUCUUGCAACUUCUACACAAACUCGGCUUCCACAUGCCAGUGGACACGGGCAAAGUAUUUAUAAGAAUACCUCAUUUCUGGACCCCAGAUUUCAUCUACGAAGUCGCUGGCACCAUAUCACCAAUUGACAUAUCCAAACUAAAAUUCUCUAUAAACGAAAUAUCCCAAAACGGUGUCGACAAAUCGCCUAAAACCAGCGGUUUUACUCUGUCCGAGCUGACGAAGGAACCGUCUCUAUCGCCGACGCCCGACACCUUCUAUCAAAUACAUAAUAAAAAACAAAAUCAUUUCGCAGCAAUAGUUAAUUUUACGCCCACGCCCGGGUCGUCGUUCUCUACAGUCAAUGAUGACGUGAACAAGCCCAGCUGGCUAGAGUUAGUGCAGAAGUCACAAGAAUAUAAAAUCACGAUGGAUGUAGGAAAGACCAUAAUAGCUGAAAAUGAAGAGUUACCAAAGAAGCCAAAUAAGGACAAUCCAAAAUUGCCAAUGCUGCCGCAAGUGUCCCUCCCCGCGAGCGUCCAGCAGUUACCUUCUUUCAUCUACCAAGAUGAAUUGGAAUGCUAUAAUAACAGUAUGUGCGAGACAGCGUCGGUGGCGUCGGACAUGACGCGCAUGUACGUGUCGGACGAGGACGAGCAGCCGGCGCCGGCGCGGCGCAAGCUGACGCCGGCGAGGGGCACGCGCCGCCGCGUGAUGCUCUCACCCCCCGCG